GCUGUCGGCUCUAAGUAGGAAGGUGUAAACAAAAACAGAAACGAGUUCGCCGCUCUGUCAGAAGCGUCCUUAAAACAUUAUGAUCGUCUGUAGAGACCUUUAACAACAGCUGCCUGGUGUUCUGCGGCACUGCAAACGACCCGCGCUGCUAGCUAGCUAAUGUUAUAAGUUAUAUGCUGCACAGAAGUUAGUUCUAUCUCAAGCAUAAUGGCAGGUUACUAGGUUUUGUCUUUUCUGGUAGCUUUCAGAUAAACUAGGGCAUUUAAUCACGUCUGUCAUACAAGCAAGCGCGCUUCCCAAGUAACGUGUCUUUCCGUUAACUAGCUUAUUUGCGAAGGUUACCUGACUAGAAAGCUGGUGCAUAAUUGUCUAGGAAUAUUUCUAUGGUAUUCUGCAGUUUACUUGCUUGCAUCAGCAUUUCGGUGUAAUUGGUGGGAAAAAAUUAACGCUAUGUCUACACCUUAUUUUAAAAAUAAAUGUGUUACGCAGCUGAAUUGUAUAUACUGCGAUAGUCUACUUUGUACGAGGGGGAUGAAAGCUGUGCUCUUAGCCGAUACAGAGGUUGAACUUUUUUCGACUGAUAUACCGCCUAACAGAACAGUGGAUUUUGUCUCGGUCUGCUAUUCUACAAAAACCUGUAAGUGCAAGCUGAGAGACGUGGCCUGUCUGAAGUGUGGCAACGUUGUCGGCUAUCAUGUGGUGGCGCCGUGCACACCCUGCCUGCACUCCUGUAACAACGGUCACUUCUGGAUGUUCAACAGUAAUUCAGUCGUACCAAUCAACAGGCCGGACGCCUCGGGACUGAAUCUGCUGCUAUGGGGGGACCUCCCUGAGCUGGACGACCUGGAAGGGGAGGACCAAAGCAGCCAGUCGGAGGAGCAGUACCUCAGGUAGAAGAGGUGGCCGCCAGCAAGAAGAUCCAGAUGGCCUCUGUGAAGCACAUCUUCUCAGGUUUAUUCUGUUAGCUGUCAGACAGGUACUGUAAAGACUGCACACAGGCAAAUGAGUCUCGAACCACGAGCUGUCCUCACUUCACUGUUUACACAAUCUCGAGUCUGUAGCCGCUCUAACCUGUGUGUGCCUUGAGUGACUCCAUGGAGCAUUUGCAAGUAGUCCAGUAGUAGACCGGUAAGAAUUCAGGGUAACACUUUACUUUGAUGGGGCACUAAUACUUAGUAGUUUCUCGGUUACUAUUGAAAUACAAAUCGUAAACCAAUAUAGUCGCUACAUGUCACAGUUCAUUAAUGAAGAACAAACAUGAAAUCAGUAUUUAACAUUUGUUAUUCGUUACUUUGUUCCUUCAGUAGUUCCUUCAGUAGUUCCUUCAGUAGUUCCUUCAGUAGUUCAAUAAACAGUGACAGUAAAGCUUCUAUUCUAAACGAUGUAACGAUUCAAUAAUGAUGAACAAACAUGAGAUCACUAUGUAACUAAGACUUGUGGUUCGUGGUUAAUUAAUACAUUUGUGAGAGUAUAAUACUGUAUUAUUUGUGCCCCCUUAAGUAAAGUGUCACCGAAUUCACUGCUCAACUAUUUCUCCUUGGUGGUCAUUAUCAGAACUGGUGUGUAUGGCUGGAGAAGGAUAUGAAAUCCUUAAAUUGUUCAGAUGUCUGUAAAUAUUUGACUAUUGUCGGCUAAUUUUAAAAAGCAAUGCUUGCGUUGCUGCAGCAAACUGUAUAAAUUAGAAGGAACCACUUUGACCCAUCAACUGAACAACAUGCAGUGAAACCUGUGACUGCCCACUGCAGCAGUCAGUGACAGGGGAGUCUGAGGAAGUUCUGUUUGAUGCAGCACUGUGAACCUUAAUGAAGUGUCAUUCACAUUUGAUUAUUCUUUUGGAUUAUGCAGUAUUUUUCUUGUAAUUACAUUUCUGAAUUUGUCUAACUUUGUAACAGGACUUAUGGAAAUAGCACUGACUGAACUUUAAACAUUUUAUAAUCGUGCCUAGUGAGUUUGAGAGUAAUGUCUUUGUAAAUUCUGGGGGAAAAUGUUAGAAAAUAUUAGAAAUACGGUGUUAUAAAUAGACAUGUCCUCAUGUAAACUGUGGACCCAGACGAUUAUGAUUAAAUAAAAGGAAGAUGUCAGUUUCUGACUCAGCCCGUGCAAAAUGUUGCACCACAGCUAGUCGUUUUAAGUCCGUGACUUCCAGACCGGUCCUCGGGGAUCCCCAGCCGGUGCAUGUUUUUGCUAGCUCCCAGCUUCCUACCAGACAGUCCACAUUUGUGUGAGCUGUGUGGGGGGUCCCCGAGGACCGAGGAUGGGAAACAUUGGUUUCAGUGUCCUUUCGAGAUCCCUAGAAAGUGGAACUGAACUCUUCCUUUUAGCAUCCUUGGUACAGUAAGAUACUGUAAGUUUUUGCCUGUUUUAUGCAUUAGAGGUGUGGCAACGUGCUUAGCUGACAUUAGGUCUUUCUUUACACUGUGAGUGAGUGCUGGAGUUUCUGGAAGGUGCUGAUUAAGUUCACAGGAUGUCAAAGGGUUGCGGUACGCCUGCCUGUUUGUACCCUGUCCUGAGAAGUGCCAUAAGUUGGCAAAAGCAACUUUAUACAGCUGGGCAGUUGGCAUUAUGGUUUCAGCAAUACAUUCUUUCUAGCACUAUCGGCUGGAAAAAAUGCAUGAACGUAUGGGCUUUUAGUGUAAUAUUAAAUUUGUGAAUUCACAAAAAAGAGGUGAGGCCAAGCAUUUCUUUCCAAAGAAUGGAUUUUGAGAAAGCUCUAGUGCCUUAUUAGAUGUGACUGAUGGAGAUUGAAUGUAGAGCCGCAGUCUGUCAAUUGUGGGCUUCUGACAUUCUUGGUUGCACUAAUCUUAUUGAUUAUUUUUACACACAGUUUAAACUGUAAUUUGAAAAACCAGAGCAUGAAAAGUACCUGACAUUGAAAUUGGGAUCAAUUCUGUUGAUCCUUAGUAGAUAAAAAAUGAAGUUUUUUUUUUUUUCUUAAAAUGAAUCCCUGGAAGUCCAUCUGAAAAUAUAAAGAAUGACAUUGCCUUAGAAUGUGCUUUCUGUGUGUCCUGGAUAUUACACCGCAAAGUGCUGUUGUAUCACAGUGACAAUCUUUCCAGUCAUUUUAUAUGUAAAAUUUCAACUGCCCAGAUGUUUCUGUUUACUACAUUAUGUUCUCAGCUUUUGUGUGUGUGCGUGCGAACGCAUACAAUUUAUUUUUGUACAUUUUGCAUUGUUCUAUUGUUUUAUAUAAUGGCUAAAGCAUUAACUUUGCUUAAGUGCUUAAGAUAUUUUAUUACAUUUCUGUUUUUUUUUUUUUUUUUUU